AUGUCUGGCUUCCCACUACUCUCCUAUCAAUACCUGGAGACUUCUACAUCAGUGGAACGACCUUCUUUAAGACUCUCCAGGAGAGCUCAUCCUGUUCCCAAGAACUACCAACAUGUCCUGGCCUUGGCAUUUUCCAUCCAGGAGAUCAACAAAGACCCUUGGCUUCUCCCCAACAUCACUCUGGGCUUCCGCAUCUAUGAAGAGAACCAGCAUGCAAGCAUGGCCCAAGAUGUCAGCCUGUCUCUGCUCUCCAGUCGUGGAAAAGUGUUACCUAACUAUAAGUGUGACACACAGGACAGCCUUCUCUCUGUCCUUGGGGGUCUCAACUCUAGAAUCUCAUACCAGAUGGCAACCGUGUUUGGCAAGUUCAAGAUUUCUCAGCUAGGUUAUCGCUGCUCAGACCCUGUUUUGAGCAAUAAGAGCCAGUUCGCCACCUUCUAUCAGAUCGAUCCUCAGUAUCACCUCCAGAAUGCAGCCAUUGUCCAGCUCCUUCUCUAUUUCCAAUGGAACUGGAUUGGGAUUAUUGUUCAGAAGUCCGAGAGCAGUGACCAUUUCAUCCGGAUUUUUAACGCCACCCUUGCGCAGAAUGACAUUUGCAUACAAUUUGUGAAACAGAUCUUGCCCCGAUUCACAAUGUUCCCUGAAUUGCACAGCGAUGAGAUACGUUUGCUUCUGACCAUUUUGAACAGUGAUGCUCAGGUUGUGAUUAUCUCAGGGGAUUCUAAUGCACUACACAGACUUAUAGUGUCCCUCUCCUUUUAUGAAGAAGGGAACCAGGCUACAACUGAGAAGGUUUGGAUCCUCACUACCCAAUGGGAAUUUUCAGCUAUUGGCUAUCACUACGAGUGGGGGAAACUGAAGUGUCUCCAUGGUGCUUUGUCUUUGACAGUCCAUACAAAUCCUGUGCCUGGAUUCAAGAAUUAUCUCUGGUCUUUGAAUCCAUAUGAACCCCUCGGAGACAUCUUUCUUCCUGAGUGGUGGGAAGUUGUAUUUGAAUGUCAGGUUUUGAAGGCAGGUCUAGCCUCACCUGAUGGCCGAAGGGUUUGCACAGGGGAGGAGAAACUAGACACCCUCCCAGCCUCCGUCUUUGAUGAAAAGAUGACUGGUUUCAGUUACAGCAUCUACAAUGCUGCCUAUUCUGUGGCACAUGCAUUACAUGCUGUGUAUACUUUGGAAUCACAACGGGCAUUGAAAAGGGACAGAAAGAAGCCACACCUUCAACUCUCUGUGAAGCCCUGGCAGAUCCAUACUUUUUUGAGAAAUAUCCACUUUAACAAUACUGCUGCAGAUGAAGUCUCUUUUGCAGAUAAUGAAAUGAAAUAUGCAGGAUUUGAUAUUCUCAACUGGGUCAUCUUUGCAAAUAAUACGAUCCUUCGACAGAAAGUUGGAUGGGUUGAUCUGGAAGUUCCUUCAGCUGCAGAUUUUAGCAUCGACCCUGAUGCCAUUGUGUGGGCUAACCAGACAAAGCCUUUCUCCCGUUGUGUGAAGCACUGCCUUCCAGGACAAACCAGAAAAGUUGCAGAAGGGAAGCCCACUUGUUGCUACGGAUGUAUUUCUUGCCCAGAAGGGACGAUUUCUAAUCAAACAGAUGCAGCUCACUGUGACCCCUGCCCAGAAGACCAAUAUCCUAACAAAGUUAAGGACCACUGCAUUGCCAAGAAGAUCCACUUUCUUUCCUAUCAGGACACUCUGGGAUAUGUUUUAAGUUCUCUCACACUUACUCUUUCAAUGAUCACCUUGGGAGUUCUGGCAAUUUUCCUUAAGCACCGUGACACACCAAUUGUCAAGGCCAACAACCGAGAUCUCACCUACAUCCUCCUGGUCUCCCUCCUGCUCUGCUUCCUCUGCUCCUUCCUCUUCAUUGGUCGACCCAGGAAGCUUACCUGUCUCUUCCGACAAACUACCUUUGCCAUUCUCUUUUCCCUUGCAAUUUCCUCUGUCCUGGCAAAAACUGUCAUGGUGGUUCUGGCCUUCAUGGCCACCAAGCCAGGGAAUAAGACAAGGAAAUUCUUAGGAAAACCACUGACCAACUCCAUUGUUUUAGCCUGUCCCCUGGUCCAAACAGUUAUUUGUGCCAUCUGGCUGAUAACUUCUCCCCCAUUUCCCAACUUGGAUUUCCACUCCUUGGUAGAAGAGAUCAUCUUGGAAUGUAAUGAAGGCUCAACUUCAGUGUUUUACACUGUCCUCACCUACUUGGGUUUUCUGGCCUUUGUCAGUUUCACAGUGGCCUUUCUGUCUAGGAAAUUACCCGACAGCUUUAAUGAAGCCAAAUUCAUUACUUUUAGCAUGCUGGUCUUUUGCAGUGUUUGGAUCACCUUCCUCCCCACCUAUCUGAGCACCAAAGGGAAGUCCAUGGUGGCUGUGGAGAUCUUCUCCAUCUUGACCUCUGGCGCUGGUCUCUUGGCUUGCAUCUUUUUCCCCAAGUGCUACAUUAUCCUACUGAGGCCUCAUCUCAAUUGUAGAGAAAAUAUGAUAAGAAAUAAAAAUCUCUAA